GUGAAACCCCAACUGGGUUUGAGUAAUACUGCCUCCAAAUCCUCUCUCUCUCUCUCUCUCUCUCUCCAUCUUUGUCUUUCUAGAUGAAGUCACAUACACCGUUUGUCUGAUUCUUAGUAAUGAUGUAGAAAAAAAGAGUGUUUAAGGGUUGUUUGGCUUUGAUUGUUUAGUGGGUGGAUUAUUUUUUUUCUUUUCUUCUGUGUUUGCUUUGCUUGGUUGUUUCUUGAUUUUGAUGGGUUGUAUAGAGAGAGAAGAAGUAUUGAAAGAGGAGAGAGAUGGGGAAGUCAAGAGAGAGAAAGUGUUGCAGAGUGACCCAAUUUCAUGUAUGCACCAAAACUGUGCAAGUUGGGUUUGUUUUAGGGAUGGGAGUCUAAUUGCUUCCAAAUAGAAGUACUUAAUUGACACAGUACUCUUUGAGCUCCCUCUACAUAUAUUUCGACUCAACCACCUCAAUCAGCAAAAAGAAAAGAAAGUACUAAAGGCUGGUCUAGUAGCGAUCUCUAAAUACAUCUGUUUUAGCAAAUACUAUUUCUCUCCAAUACUAAUUAUCUCCAGUACUCAUGAAGACACUUGGCAGCUCAGAUUCUUUGGGUGCUUUGAUGUCCAUCUGUCAUACUACAGAGCACAGCCCAGGUAGCAACCAUGUGUACAGUAGGGAGUUUCAGACGAUGUUGGAAGGGCUGGAAGAGGAAGGGUGUGUGGAAGAGUCGUGCCAAAUGGCGGAGAAGAAGAGGCGACUGAGUGUGGAUCAAGUGAAGGCAUUGGAGAAGAAUUUCGAGGUGGAAAACAAGCUUGAACCGGAGAGGAAAGUGAAGCUUGCUCAAGAACUUGGGUUGCAACCCAGACAAGUGGCUGUUUGGUUCCAGAACCGCCGCGCAAGGUGGAAGACCAAGCAGUUGGAGAGAGACUACGGCGUCCUCAAAGCCAAUUAUGAAGCUCUUAAGCGCAAUUACGAGUCUCUCCAACAUGACAACGAAACCAUGCUCAAAGAGAUACGAGAACUGAAAUCAAAACUAGUGGAAGAGAACACCGAGAGCACUGUUUCGGUGAAAGAAGAGAAAAUGGUAUCAGAAUCUGAUGACAAAAUUGCAGAACCAAACUCAACGUCUCUUGGUGGGUCUGAUACAACAACUGAUUUGAACUAUGAGAGCUUCAAGAACACCAAUGGCGUCGUGACAAGAAGCUCAGUCUUCCCAGAUUUCAAAGAUGGUUCGUCGGACAGCGACUCGAGUGCGAUACUCAACGAAGACAACAGCAGCCCCAAUGCGGCGGCCAUAUCUUCUUCAUCUGGGGUUCUUCAGAACCACCCGUUCACGGUGUCGCCGCCGCCCGCGGCGUUCAAAUUCAACUGCUCGUCGUCUUCGUCGCCGUCGUCGGCGAUGAAUUGCUUCCAAUUCUCGGAGACGAAAGCGAUUCUGGGAGAUGCCCAGAAAGCGUAUCAGCCACAGUUUGUGAAGAUCGAGGAGCACAAUUUCUUUAGUGGCGAUGAGUCCUGCAAUUUCUUCCCGGACGAUCAAGCUCCGACCCUUCAGUGGUACUGUAACGAUCAGUGGAAUUGAAGAAGACCCACAUUGUAGAUGAUGAAGUGUGAGAUUGGGGAUUGGUCUGUGAAUUGUACAAAAAAAUGAAGUUAGAGAGAGAGAGAGGGGGUGGCGAUGAAGGGAUGAGAGAGAAGCAAAUCUGAGUAUGGAGAGAGGCUCACGUGAGGGGUGGGGACGCCGUGGAAGGUGGUGAAAUCUGACGCAUUUGGGUGGUCUGUGAGAUGUCAGAGAAAUUGAACUCUCUCUCUCUCUCUCUCUCUCUCUCUCUCUCUGAUUCUCUUUCUAUGUGCGGGGCCUGUAAUAUUAUAAUAAUCAGUGGCUAGCAUAAAAUAAUUUUGAUAUAUAUACAUGCAUGAAAUUCUGAGC